CUCUUACACCUAAUCUUCCAUAGAAAAUUUGAGAGAAUUAAUGUCUCAAACACUUUUCAAUCUCAAAAGCUUCUCUCGAUCUAUCAACACAAUUAUAAUGAGGAGAUACAUUGUGAUCACAAAAGCCUCUCAAAGGAGAUAUACUACUGGAAGUAGCCAGGAGAAACCAUCGUGGACAUCAGACCCUGAUACCGGAUACUUUAGACCUGAGAGGACCGGUGCAAAAGAGUUUAAUCCAUGCAUUGCAAAAACUUCUCAAAUUCAAGGUAAAAUGAUGAGAGGAGAAGAGCUAUGGUGGAUGCCUGACCCUCACAGCGGAUACUAUAGACCCGAUAAUUUUGUCAAAGAGCUUGACUCAGCUGAGCUACGGUCUUUGCACUUCAAUAAGAAUCACAAGACGUUGUAA